CAUUGAUUAACUGGGAACCCUUUUUCUUCUUCGUCUUCGCCAUUACAUAAGCUUCAGUGGCUCUUGCUACUCCAUCACCUUUAGGAUCCAUGGCUAUACUGGUCAUCCACGCGGACCUGAAAUGCUGCCGCUGCAAGGAGAAGCUGAGCAAAAUCCUCUGCAGCCUGAGAGCGAAGUAUGGCAUCGAGAAGACGGAGUACGAGGACAAGGAGGACAGGGUGAUCGUGCGCGGCAACUUCCCGCCGGACAAGCUCCGCAGCGUGAUCCUGUGCAAGGCCGGCGGCAAGCUCGUCCGGGACAUCGCCAUCGUCGACGUGUGGCCGCCACCGCCGCCGCCGCCGCCGCCGAAGAAGAAGCCGGAUGAGAAGGAUGACAAGAAGGGUGAUAAGGAUGAGAAGAAGGCGGCCGGCGGUAAGGAUGAUAAGAAGGAUGGUAAGGAUACUAAGACGACGACGACGACGACGACGCCGCCGAAACCGGAGUGCGAGCCGGUGCCGUACCCGUGGCCGUACCCGCCGCCGCCGUACUACUUCCCGACGCAGUGCCAGACCUCCACGUGGACGACGGGAAGCUGCCCGCUCCAGUGCCAGUACUGCUGCCCCAAGCCGGACACGACGACGACGUGGUGCGAGUGCUCGCGUGUCGACGGCUGUCACGGCGGGUGCAAGACCAUCACGCCGCCACCACCGAGCUGUGGGUGCGGCGGCGGCUGUUCAGGUGGCCACGGGGACAGCGGCGGCUGGUGCGACGUCCGCAGGCCGAUCAACUGCCCGCCGCCGCCGUGCCCUCAGCAGCCCGUGUGGCCGCCGCCGUGGGGCGGCUGCAGGGUGGCCUGUGAGCAAGACGAGAACGCGUGCUCCGUCAUGUGAUCGAUCGAACACGUACUACCCUAUCUGUUAAUUAAUUACGGCGUGCUAUAUAUACGUGCCUCGGAAAUCGGAAUAAACGCGACGCUGAUGUUAAUCUGGCGUUGCCGUUGUUGUCGCUCUGUGGAAUACUCUAAUUAAUUAAUGUCUGUGCCUAGCUUAAUUAU